AUGAAUAAGUUUAGUAAACUGUUUAUAAGUAAGAAUAACAAUGAUGUAAAUGAUUCGCAAAAAAAUGGAGAACUAUCAAAAGUUAUUAUGUCCACAAUGUUAAAGAACAGUUCUAAUGACGAAGCUAAGAGUAGCGAAUUAAAAACUACACCAAAAAAUAAUAUUGAAAUAAGCAAAACAGUAAUACAAAAUAUAAAUGGAAAAGGAAAUAUAUUAUUAUUAAAUUCGCUAAAUAAGCCUACUCAUAUUACUAAUAAUAGUUUUAUGAAGCAUGACAAAAAAGCGAGCUCAGUUCAUGGGAUAAUGAAAAAUAAUUAUGAUAGCAGAUAUGUAAAGAGCAUUAAUAGUGUAUAUAAUAACUCUUAUUGUAUGACUAAUUCAUACCAUUUGAAUAAUCCUUAUACGUUUCAAAACGGAACAUAUGGAGGAAAUACGCAUUCGGUAAAUGAGUAUAAUUCAUAUAAUUGUCCUAUAGAAAAAGAGCAGUUUCGAAAUGUAAUCAAGAAUACAGAAAAAAAUAUUAUAAACACAAAGCAGAAAUAUAUUGGAAACAAUUAUUUAUUAGGAAAUAAUACAAAUUUAACUAGGAAAUUAUCACAAAAGGGAGGAUUGUACCGUGACAAUAAUCGAAACAAUUAUGGUAAUGAAUAUCACACUGAUGGAAAUAAUAUGUCUAUUAGAAAAAAAAAUAAUGAUUAUAAAAUAGAGAACAAUAAGUUUGAAAAGAAUACAAUAGGUUUAUUACCUCAUGCUUAUGUUGUAAAGAAAAACGAAAUAUAUAAUAAUCUUACGAAAAAUGGAAAAACGGGUAGAUCAUUAAGCCAAAUUAAUCAUAAUGAAAUAAAAAAUGAAGACCCAAACAUGAAUGCAAAUAAUUUAUACUACACAGAUCAAUCAAACACCAAUUUAGCUGAUAUUGUAAAAAAGGAAAGUAGUGAAAAAAACAUAUACUAUGAUAAAAAUGCCAGUACUAAAAAUUCAUUCGAAAGAAAACAAUGUAGUAACAUAAUUCCACCUAGUGCAUCCCAGGUACAAAUUGUGAAAACGAGAGAAAAUAUUAUGGACAACAAUUCUGAUAAGUCUAGUUUAAAAGAAAAUCACAAUUUUCUUAUUAGAACUAUUUCACAUAGAAUUAAUAGAAAUAUGAAAGUUAUAGAAACGGAAAAAAGUAAUAAAGAUUGUUUAGUAACGACUAUUAAUGAUCAAAAUUUAAAAAACUGUUUAGACAACGAAAUUGGAGAAGAUAUGCAUACAGUUAGGAAUGGAUUAAAAAGCUAUGAUAUAGAAAAUAGAAGAAACAUAAGAAAUAAUGUCAAUGGAAAAAAUGGUUGCGGCAUUAUAUCAAAUAACAGCAAUGAAGGUCACGCAUCGAAUGCUAAUAAUAUAAAAUGCACUAAUAUAUGUGAUGAUAAAAACCAAUUACCUAGGAGUAAUUUGUUAAUGAAUAAUGUGGGAAAUCGAAUAUUAAACGAGAAUGAUAAUAGGAAUUUUAAUAAAAUAAAUAAGGGGAAUUUUUUCAACAAUCAAAGCGAUAAAAAUAGUAAAUUUAAAGGUGGGCUUACCAAUAAGAUGCUGUAUAUUGAGCCAAUAAAAGAUGAAAUAAUUUAUGUUAAUAAUUUAACAAAUAUUAAUGUGCCACAUUUGGAUAAUUUGUAUGAAGCUGAAGAAAUAGAAAAGGGAAAAAUAAAAUGUAACAAUAGUAGUGUUAUGGAAAUAUUAAGCGAUAAAAAAAAUGAUAAUAUAGAACUAAGUAAACAUUCUCAAAAUUUGGAUAUGCAACAUUGUUAUACUUAUUCUACUUUUGUCGAUAAAAUAAAUGGCAACUAUAAUUACAAUAAUAACCAUAAAACUGGAAAAAUAAACCAGGAAGUAAAUAAUAGCAAUGCUUACGAAAAGAGGGAAAAUUUAAAUAACAACUUUUACAAAGAAAAUUGCAACGAUGGUUUGAAAAAUGAAAAUACGAAUGAAUAUGAAAAUAAAAGUGUGAGUAAGGAUUCUGUUAAGAAAAUUAAUUACAAUGGAGAAAAUGAUACGAAUAAACAAAAUAAUGAAUUUAUUAAAGUAAAAGAUUAUUUGAAUAUUCAUCACAUUCCAACUAAUUAUAAUGAGCAAAGCAUAAAGCAUAAUUAUAAGCCUAAUUUCCAUCGUAUUGAAGAUAAUGGACACCUUAAAGGUUAUUAUUAUGAUCGCAAUAAAGGAGGCUAUUUAAUGAAAUCACCUAUGAAUUUCGUAACAUCGCAAGAUACUUCUAGUUUUAUAAGCACUUCUCAUGUAAGUAAUAAAAUAAAUGAAAGUUAUAAUAACAUUAACUAUAAUAUUGGGAAUGUAAAUCAUAGCACAAUAAAUUUAUCAGACAAAUGCAAAGGCUACCAAAAAAAAGAAGCUAAUAAACCUAAUACUGAUAUUAUUGGAACAAAAUGCUCUCAUUUAAAUAGAACAAAUUUGAAUGACCCUUAUACAAAUUAUAAUGCAAAAAAUUUAAGCAUAUCAGAAUCACAACCAUACAAUAAAUGGAAUUCUAUAAAUUAUGAUAAUAAUAAAGAUAUAAGACAUAUCGCAUGUGCUAAUAAUAUUCAUUAUUCGAAUGGAAACCAUAAUGAAUUAAUAAAAAAUAAUAAUGGAGAAAAUAUUUAUAAAAUAACAGAUGAUAAUCUUAGAUCAAAGGAAAAGACACAUGAAUUAUUACACCUAACUCGUGAUAAAAAUCUUAUGUACAGCGGAGAUAUUAAUAAAAUUAAAAACGAAGGGAAUGAAAAUCGAUGUAUUAAAAUUGUUGGGGGUGAUGAAUAUAAAAUAAAUAAUAUAGUAAUGGGCAAAAAUAAAAUUAUCGAAACUGGCUCUGUCCCAAAUAAUGUAUUUCUAGAAAAUAACAUAAAUAUGUUCCACAAUAGUAAUACCAAUAUUGGCAAAACUAUAAAAAAUAACAAAUUAUCAUGUAAUGAAGCUAAUAAUCUAGGCAAAUUAUAUAAUACAGGAUUAAUUUAUAGCCCAAAUGAAAGAUAUUCUAUAGGUAUAAAAGAGGGAAAAAAUUUUACUAUUACCCAAAUAAAGACAAAUAGCAAAGAAGCACUAACCGAUUCCCAUAAAUAUCAUUUAAAUAACAUGGAAUCAAUCGAAAAAUCGAAAAUAAAUAAAAAAGAAGAGAUUAAAAUUAAUAAAUGGCCCACAAAUGAAAAGAAUUGUGAUAUGUACUUAAAGGAAGCAAGUAAAAAUAGUUUAAGAAAUGCAAAUACGGAAAUAGAGGAUCAUAGAGACGCAGAAGGUGAAAGAGAAAAGAACGAAAUUGAAAAUGAUGGAAAUGAAUUGGAAAUCGAAAAAGGUAAAAAUAUGAUAAUUUUAAACAAAAAGUUCAACUACCCAUUUAAUGAUGAAUUAUACACAUCCAGCAUCGACAACAAUAAAGCAGAACAUGAAAGCGAUGUUAUUAAUGUAAAGUGUAUUCCCUAUCCUGAAGAAAUAAUAUAUAAAAAAGAUGGAAAUAAUUUAAUUAAGGAGAUGCAAAAUAAAAGCAACGAAAGCAAUAUAUCUUUGGAGAAAAAUGUAGAAAUAAAAAAAAAAGAAGCAGUUUUUAAUAAGCAAACAAAUAAUAAUAUAAGCGGAUAUAGUUCUUCAUUAGAUUCUAAAGAGAAUUAUCCAAAGAAUAGCAAUACGGAAGAUUUUUAUAAAAAUAUAAAAACCGAAAAAGUAAACAGUGUUUUAGAACAUAAUAAAAAGUUUAAUGGAAAAUAUAUGGAGAGUAUUAAAAAUGAUAGUUGCAGCCGUGAUAGUAAUGAUAGUAGUAGUAAUAGUGGCAGUGAGUUUGAUAAAAACGAUAAAGAUAGCGACGAAAAUAAUAGUGAAAGUAACCAAUCAGAUGAAAAUGACGUAUACAACUGUAGUAGUAGUGAUAGCAACAAAUAUGGAAAUAUAUUUUUACCCGAAAAUGAUGCAGAUAUCGAAAGUAAAAAUUCCGAAGUAUCAGAAAAGUUAUGUUCUAAAAAGGAUAUAAAAAUAAAUUUGCUAAAAAAAAAAAAUAAUUUUCCUUGGAAUAAAGAUAAUAUAGUUAAGUUAAAUAGUAAGAGCAAACUAUUGAAAAUAAAAAAUAUAACAAUAAAUACAAAAUUAGCUAGAUAUGAAAGAGUAUUAAUACACACAUGUAUUAAUAAAUUAAAUUGGAAAAAAUGUAUUGAUAAUACAAAUAAAGGAAUAUUAUAUUGGAUAGGAUAUAAUAUAAAUGAUUUUGAUCAUUAUAAUUAUAUGAAAAAGAAAAAAAUAAUAAAUAGAAUACCGUCUUUAUAUAUGUAUACUAAAAAGAAGGCGCUUACAUUUUUGUUGUCUCAUUUAUCACUUAUUUUUCCAAGUUUAUAUGAUUUUUAUCCUAAUACAUUUGUCUUACCUGAAAAUAAAGAAAUUAUAAAAUAUAUUUUGAAUGGGAAUAAUAAAGAUUAUUACAUUAUGAAGCCAGAUUGCGGAAGUAUGGGGAUAGGGGUUAAAAUAAUCAAUAAAUAUAGUGAUAUUAAUAUCAAUAUUUUAAAUGGAUACAAUUGUUAUAUAAUACAAAGGUACAUAGAUAAUCCAUUAUUGAUGUAUAAAAAGAAAUUUGAUUUUCGUAUAUAUAUUUUAUUAUUGCCAGGAAAAAAUUAUCCCAAAAUAUAUAUAUCGAGAGUUGGAUUCGCAAGGCUAUGCACAGAAGAAUAUAAAAAAAAGAAACAAUAUAUUUGUAAUACAUUUGUACACUUGACAAAUUAUAGUAUAAAUAAAGACAAUGAUAAAUAUGUAAGAAAAAAGAAUAUACAUGAUAAAAACAACAAUAAGCAGCUUUUAAGUGAUGUAUUUAUAUACUUAAAAAAUAAUGGUUAUGAUAUAGAUGAUAUAUGGAAACAAAUAAAAAAAAUAACAUGUUUAACUUCGUUAGCAAUAUAUUCAUAUAUUAAGGAAAAAAUAAAAAAUAAUUUUAAUAAUAAUUUUUAUUUCUAUCAAUUAAUUGGGUUGGACAUACUUUUAGACGCUAAUGGAAAGGCGUGGUUGUUGGAAGUUAAUUCGAAUCCUUCUUUAAGGAUAGAUUAUAUAGACCCAGGGUAUGCAAAUUUUGAAAUACAAUUAGAAAGUAUGUUUGAUAGAUAUGUAAAGGAACCUGUAAUAAGUGAGAUGUUUUUAAUAAUAUACAAAAAAAUUUAUCAAAAAUAUUUAAGAAAAAGAAGUAAAAAAGGAACUACAAGUGCUGUAAAUACAGUUUCAACUAUUACUGCCAAUAAUAGUAAUAAUAAUAAAGUAGAGAAAAAGGGAAGACAGAACAUUACAUUCAACAAUAAUGGUAGCAACAAUAAAAAACGGGGGGUAAAAGUGAAUCCACAAAAUAGCCUUCCUAAUAAUAGUAUAUUUAGUUUCCAUGAUAAAAUAAUAAAAGGGUUAUAUGAAAACAAAAAAAAGUAUGAUAAUAAGAUAAUAAAUAAUUAUUCUCAUAAAGAAAAAUUUAAAUUUCUUUUAGCUCGUAGUAACAAAAAAAAAAAUAAUAAUAAUUCUGGAAAUUUAAAAAGUGAAAUAAACACAACCAAGCAUUUUCCUAUUCUUGGGAAAAGUUGCAUAAAAAGUGAGUACUCGAUUGUAUCAAAUAGUAAUAGAGAUAAUUUGGACGGUGAAAAUGCAAAUAGUCAAUUAGAAAAUAAAAAUUUAACUAAUAUUAAUAACUUUAUUAAAAAAAAAAAUUGUGCAAAAAAAAAAAAAAAGUUAUUUUUAAAAAAGGAAAACAUGAGCAAUAUCGAUACCUGUGUAGAUGAAAACGACAUUGAUAGUUUUAGCUUGUCAAGCAAUGUUAAAAAUGAUGUGAGUAAAAAUGAAAAUUUGAUGAAAGAGGAUAAGACAGAAAUGGAAAAUAGGGGAGAAAAAAGGGAAGUAGGUAAAAAAGAAUAUGGAGAUAGUAAAAUAAUAAAGACUUAUGAAUUAAACAAAAAUGAAAAAAUGAAAAAAGAAUGGGAUAAGAAUAAGGAUGAUAAUGAAUGUAUCAUUAAUGAUGAGAAUUGUGAUAGAGACAAUAUUUUAAGAAAACAUAUUGAUUGUAUAAAAACACGAAUAAAAAAUAAAAAUAACAGUUAUGGUGGAACAGAAGAAUACAAUAAAGAUAAUUAUACUAUCAAUUUUUCGGAUGAUAAUAAAGAGCAGAAUGAUAAAAUAACAAAUUCAGGUGGCACUAAAUUGAGUCAACGUAAUUUUAAGGAAAGUAGUAAUAACAAGAUGCCCAUAUCUCAAGAAAUAAAAAGAGAUGACAAUAGUUGCGAUAAUCCGUAUCAUAAUUAUAGUAAUAGCUGUUUUGGUAUUAAUGAAAUUCAUGGAUGUGGAAAUAAUUCCGACGAAGUUGAAAAUAAUGAGAUAGUAGAAAAUAGCAUAAAUGGAGAUAUAAGAGGCAACUUAUCAGAUGACAUGGUAAACAAUUCAGGUGCUAGUUAUACCAGUGGUGAUCAUGGGAAACUAGACUCUGGGAAAAUGGUUCGAAAGGAUGGAUUAAUUGAGUCGAACAUUUUAAAUAAUGAAACAUAUGUACAAAUUGAUAAUCAAGAAGAUAUACAGUUAGAUAAAUUUUUAAAUAAUGAUAUUGAAAUGUGUAAAUCUAUUUAUAGAAAUAUUAGUGAUAGCAUAUAUAAAAAGAAGAUAGAGAAUUUUAUUAUGAUAAGAAGUAGUUUAUAUAAAUAUAUGAAUUGUUUAAAUGUUCUUGGAAUAAGGUAUAUUAAUAAUAAUGAAAUACGUAAUAUUGAUGAGUUGUAUAAUAAGAAUACACCAUUAGAUUUUAAAAAAACAUAUACAAAAGUUCGAAAAGAUAUUUUACAUCCUUUGAAAAAUAAUAUAUUAGAAAAAAAUAUAUACAUAAAUUUAAAAAAAGAAACAAGUAGUUAUUAUAAAGAAAUGAAAAUAUAUAAUGAUUGUUACAUGCUAUUUGACUUUAUUUUAAAAAAAUAUGAUAAUAAUGCAAAAAAAUGUAAUAAGAGAGUUGAAUACUACAUUGAUAAAAACACCUUUCUAUGUAUGUGUGCAGAUAUGAAAAUAAAUAAAAUAAUUGAAAACAUCGAAAUACCUGCAAGUACUUUCAAUAGUUUAUUCGAAGGAAAUAAAAGUUCUCACGAAAAUGAAAUGUACCAAAUUGUUAGUAAAAUUUUUAAAGGUAAAAAUACAGAUGUCGAUAAAUUAAAAAAAGAAAAAGAGCAAGAUGGGGAUUUUAAUAUUCAGAAAAAUUGUUCAAAUAAUUCCUGUCUUACUAAUGCAAACAAUGAUGAAAAUGAUAAUUCAUUAGAUCAUUAUUAUAAGCAAAAUUCCAAAAAGGAAGAAACAAAAACAAGCCGAUUUUCUUUAUUACGUUCUAAGAGAGAGAGUUUGACAAAAAAUAAUAAAUCGACAAAAAAUUAUGAAAAAAUUGGGUGUAAGAAAAAUAACACAAAUAAGAAAAUUAAAAACGGCAAAAGAAGUAGCAACCAUAAUAGUUUCAUCAGUGAUAAUAAUAAUAAUCAUAGUAGUACUGUCAGCAACAAUAAUAAUGAUAAUAAUUAUUAUUCGUCUAUAUUUUGUCCAUUUUCCUUAGUCUCAACUUCAACAAAUUUGAUAAAUUUCAAUAUGAUUGGGCAUAACAGCAUGAAGUAUAAGAGUAAAAAAAAAAAAAAAAUGAAUAUCUAUGAUUUGGAAUACUUAUACACGAGACAAGUGUUUUUUAGCAAAUAUAUUAACAAAAAUCAAGGUUUAACACUUAUUGAUUUUUUUUUAUUAAUGCAACAAAUAGCUCUUUUAAUAUUUCCAUAUAUUAGCCAAGAUUACGCUUGUAAUAGUAUACAGUCUUAUAACUGCAUACUUUUUGAUGAAUUAAACAAUGGAGAAAAUAAUAUAAGUGGAAAUGAAACUAGUGUUAAGGGCAUCAAUAACAUCAAAAAAGAUGGCAAGAAUAUUAAAAAGAAAGGAGAGAAUGACCAAGAUAAUAACAAUUAUUUAAAAAAAGGAAAUAAAGGUCAUAUUACAAAUUUACCAAAAAAUAGUACUAAAGAUGGCCAGGAAAAGACCCAAAUAAUAAAUGAGCACUUAAAAGAUGAAAGCGAUAAAAUAAAUUACAACUCAGCACAUAUGGACGACAAAAAAAAGCAUAAUUAUACAUGGCACAAAAAUGUUUGUAGUAAUAUCUAUAAUUUGUAUGGAUAUGUUCAAAUUAAUAUCAACCCGGCUAUAAAAAAUAUGUGUAUGGAAACAUUUUUAAAUUUUGUUUUUACCAAAUAUUCAAUAUCAUAUCCUUAA